AUGGAGAGGCUCAAGUCCUUCCACCGCCGACGCCUGAUUCUCCAACCUUCUUCAGGCUCUUUCACAGCCGAAGGCCAAAUCUCCCGCUGGAGCAAUUCAGACUUAGAUCCAGUCCCGAGGAAUCAGAAGAAGUGGGAGUGGUACCAUGUCGGAGGCUUCUGGAUCGCUGAAGGCUUUUCUGCUUCCCAGAUUCAGACUGCAUCAGCAAGUGUCGCAUUGGGUCUCAAUCCUGGCAUAGCUCUCAUAGCCUAUCUGAUUGGUAAUAUCUUGGUCAUGAUGGCAUGUUGUGGUACUGGCUAUAUUGGCUCCAAGUACUCAAUCAAUUUUCCAGUCAUCUCGAGAGCGUAUGACAGUCCUCAAAAUUCUCUGGCGAUAACUUAUUCUCGUCUUAGAUCCUUCGGCUUACGAGGUUCAUGCCUUCCCAUCAUCAUCCGGGCAAUUGUUGCUCCCAUAUGGUACGGCAUCCAAGCCUACCUAGGCAGUCUUGCAGUCCAAGCCAUGAUUGAAGCCAUAUGGCCAUCCUUCGCCAACUGGCACACAGAUGCUUUACCAACAAGUGCCGAUAUCACGGCUGCUGAACUCCUCAGCUUUACCAUCUUCUGGCUUGCGUCUCUCCCCUUUCUGUUCCUCAGUAUGCCCGCACUGCGCUGGAUCUUCCUGGUCAAAGUGAUCAUCAUGCCAAUCUUCGGCAUCUGUCUGUUCACAUGGGCGGUGACUGCUUCGCACGGUUUUGGCCCUUUACUCCGAAUACCGAAUAAGAUCGAGGAUGGAAUGUCUCUGGGCUAUGCCUUUUGCUACGCCAUCACGACCGCCAUUUCCGCCAGUUCAACCUUUGCCAUCAACAUCCCUGACCUGACGCGCUACGCCCGUAAUCCGCGGACUGCCACCAUUGCUCAAGCCAUCUGUCUUCCAGUAUGCAUGACGCUCAUCUACUUCCUCGGCGUCGUCAUGGCAGCCUCGUCGCAAGUCAUAUAUGGGCAAAUCCAGUGGAACCCGCUCACGAUCGUUCUCAUGUGGAAUAAUCGGGCUGCAAAGUUCUUCGUCGGUUUUCUCUUCGCCUUCGCCAUGAUUGGGACGAACGUGGCUGGGAACUCAGUCCCUUUCGCCAACGACACCAUGGCGCUUUUCCCGAAAUACAUGAACCUGAGACGCGGGCAAUUUCUCUGUGCAAUCCUCGGCUUCGCCAUCUGCCCUUGGAAAAUCGAGGCGAGCGCUCAGAGCUUCUUGGCGUUCCUCAACGGAUACUCGGCGCCGUUUCUUGGGCCUGUCGCUGGGGUCCUCCUAUCCGACUUCUUCCUAGUCAGAAGGUCCGGCGAAUUGAAUGUCUACCAGCUUUACAAACCAUCCGGCCUCUACUGGUACACAGCAGGCAUCAAUGUGCGAGCAGUGGCAGCAUUCACUGUCGGUAUGGUACCACAAAUCCCCGGUCUCGCCUACCAAAUCAAUCCCAUGAUCAAAGGAGUAUCACGCAACUACGUGGAUUUCACCUCCUUGGGCUGGCUCGAGGGACUUCUCUUCUCUGGGUUCGCUUAUCAUAUCUUAUGCCUAUCGUUCCCUUUCCCGACACGAACGGAUGAAGAAGACAAAGCAGCUUGGGCAAUCGUAGGUCACGAUGGAACAAGGCCGUCGACAUCGAGUACGCCACCGCAAGACGGGGUUGAGAAGGCCGUUCCACUUCAAGAUGCGAUUUCUGCGCCCGAGUCCUCAAGUGGCAAUUCUUAG